AUGGCCGUGGUGGAGCCGCAACUGCCCGAGCUGUCGGUGCGGGAGCAGGACUGUCUGGCGGAGCUGCAGCGGACGUAUGGGCGGGAGCAUACGCAGUUUGAGCUGGUGAAGUUUGUGAUUGCGCUCAAGGGUGAUUAUGAUCGCUGCGUUGAGCGGUUGCACAACUAUCGGCGUGAGUUGUUGCCUCGCUUUCGGCCCGAGGCCGUGCGCGCACGCCACGUUCGCAGUUUGCUGCAGCGACAGGUCUUACAGCUGCCCGGCUCGCGGGACCGGGAUGGGGCCACGGUGAUUGUAUACAAUGCCCAUCGGCACGUCAAGACCACCUCGGACGAGCAGCGUGAGGAGGCCCUCAAGGCCGUCAUCUACCUCAUUGAGCUGGCCACCUACCAACAGGGCACCCUCCGCAACGGCAUUGCCCUGGUCGCCAACCUGACAUCGGUGGGCAUGAGUCAGCUGGAUGGCCCCAUGCAUCAAUUUGUCCUCUCUGUGCUGCAAAACGCCUAUCCUGCGCGUCUCAAGCACGUCUACGUCAUCAAUCCCAACCUCUGGGUGCACGCCCUCAUCACCGUCUCUCGUCCCUUUAUGAAGCGCAAGCUGGCCGAGCGUGUGGUAGUCGUCCCCUCCUACGACCGUCUACAGGAGCACAUUCACCCAGAUGAGCUCAUCACCCAGUUUGGUGGCCGACGUACUUUUGACCCGGUUGCUUGGCUCGAGAGCAUCACCGUACGUCGCAACCGUGUUCACCAACUGCCAAGCGCUCCACUGUAA